CGCACACCUGAUACCAAACACAGACCCAGAGACGCAAGCCAGAGUCGGCGCGCCAUGAAAGAGUGUGAAGCCCAGUCAGUAGUGGUGUCUGUGCAGUGGCGACUGGUUGUUGUUCGCAAUUCCGUCGUUAACAUCAGAAAUGUGAUAUCGAGGAGAGCAUCGUCUCGAUAACACUGUUCACCACUAGUCGGCACGUUAGCCUUAUUAUUUUAUUUUUCUUUCUGAAGAGGUAUAACAAACGAGCCCCAGUAAAUUCCAUGACUUUCGUCAAUCAUAACCUGCAGAUUGAGGAUAUUUCGUGAUUUAUUUAGAGUAGAAAAACAUGAUUGACCAGAGUGUAGUCGGUAUUUGCAUGCUGAUUGGUCUCGCUGUGGUCUUCAACUUCUCCAUUCAUCGAAUCGAGGAGGGACACGUGGGAGUUUACUUCAGGGGCGGAGCACUCUUACCCUCAGUCAGCAGUCCUGGAUUCCACAUGAUGAUUCCCCUCCUCACGACCUUCCGCUCAGUCCAAGUGACACUUCAAACUGAUGAAGUGAAGAAUGUCCCCUGUGGAACGAGCGGUGGAGUGAUGAUUUACUUCGACCGAAUAGAAGUCGUCAACGUUCUUGAUCCCAGUGCAGUUCACAGUAUGGUGAAGAAUUUCACUGCCGACUACGAUCGUACCCUCAUAUUCAACAAGGUUCACCACGAGUUGAAUCAAUUUUGCUCAGUGCACACACUGCACGAGGUCUACAUUGACCUGUUCGAUCAGAUUGACGAGAAUCUGAAGACUGCGUUACAGAGAGAUUUGAACGAACUUGCGCCUGGUCUGAGUAUACAGGCUGUUAGAGUCACUAAACCAAAAAUACCAGAGACUAUCAGGAAGAAUUAUGAGCUCAUGGAAGGAGAAAAAACAAAACUUCUAAUUUCCAUUCAGCACCAAAAAGUCGUGGAGAAAGACGCUGAGACUGAUCGUAAAAAAGCGAUAAUCGAGGCAGAGAAGGAGUCCCAAGUUGCCCAAAUCCAGUACAACCAGAAGAUAAUGGAGAAAGAAUCGCUGCAGCGAAUGGCAGCGAUCGAGGACGAGAUGCAUCUGGCGAGGCAGAAGAGUCGCUCUGACGCUGAUCACUAUCAGAUGAAGAGGCAGGCGGAGGCCAAUCGCCUCCUCCUGUCGAAAGAAUUUCUGGAGCUGAAGAAGUACGAGGGCCUGUCCAAGAUCGCGAAAAUCUACUAUGGACAGGACAUACCGAAAAUGUUCGCCAUGGGCGGCUGCUCGAUGGAGUCCACCCUCGGCUCACCCGCAGUUUCGACAACACCCGAGGAUGAAUCCGCCCAGAGCUAAUUCGACUCAUCACGGUCAUCGCCCAUUUUUUUUCAACUCCUUGUGAUAAUUAUCUCGUUUGUUGUCGUAUGUAUUCUGUGAAGUAAUUGAUAAUUAUGGUUCAUUGAUAUUUGAAGAAUAAAUAUUAUUUUGUAAUUUU